CUCUUUAGAACUGGUGUCCUCACUAUUACUAGUAGUGUAGUAUAGUCAUAGUAGUGUAUAGUUAAGUCUAGCGUGUCUUUUAUUGUUAACGUAGAGCGGUUUCUAACUGUGCUAAAGUUCGCGUUUAGCACGCAUGCCCUGUGCAGAACGAGUCAUUCUGUCCGGCCCAAAGUCACAGCUGAGAGGUUGUGCGAGAAAAAUAUCCGGUUGCAAUUGACAGGCAGCGGCAGCAGGAGCACUAAAAGCGGCGUCUUCCCUCGGGACCUCCUCACCUCCUGCGGGCUAGUGUGCAGAGUUUGUGCGGGAAAAAAAAAGGAAAAAAAUCCAGAGCCACGUUACGACUUAUUAAGGAAGCCAAAUUAUAGCAUGGACCAGCUAUGUUGUCCAGAAAAGGACUCAUUCCCGAGGAUUAUCUGCUGACCCGCUUGGCGGAAGAUGUGUUGCAGCCAAAAUUCAAGACUAAACAGCGGAAAGCGCGAUUCGUCGCCAAGAAUGGAACGUGCAACGUCGCGCACACGAACAUCCGCGAACAAGGACGCUUUCUCCAGGACGUCUUCACUACUCUAGUGGACCUAAAAUGGCUUCACACGCUCCUGAUCUUCACCAUGUCGUUCCUGUGCAGUUGGCUCUUGUUCGGGAUGAUCUGGUGGCUCGUCGCGUUCGCGCACGGAGAUCUGGACACGAAAGGGGACGACUUUGUGCCGUGCGUAACGGACAUCCACUCGUUCUCCUCCGCCUUUCUGUUCUCCAUCGAAGUCCAGGUGACUAUCGGCUUUGGCGGGCGGAUGAUCACGGAGGAGUGCGUGUCGGCCAUCGUGAUACUGAUCCUACAAAACAUCGUAGGUCUGGUAAUCAAUGCCAUCAUGCUGGGAUGCAUCUUCAUGAAAACAGCGCAAGCGAACCGGCGAGCGGAGACGCUCAUCUUCAGCAAGCACGCGGUUAUUACCGUCAGAAACAACAACAUGUGCUUCAUGUUUCGCCUCGGGGACUUGAGGAAGAGCAUGAUCAUCAGUGCCACCGUGCACAUGCAGGUGGUGCGCAAAACCGUCACCAAUGAAGGCGAGAUCGUGCCUUUGGACCAGAUAGACAUCCAGAUGGACAACCCGGUUGGCACCAACAGCAUCUUCCUGGUGUCUCCCCUCAUCAUCAGUCACGUCAUUGAUAAAAACAGCCCUCUGUAUGAUUUAUCAGCGACGGAUCUGCAGCACGAGGACAUCGAGGUGAUCGUCGUUUUGGAGGGGGUGGUGGAGACCACCGGCAUCACCACCCAAGCGCGGACCUCUUACCUGUCCGAGGAGAUCCUGUGGGGCCAGAGGUUCGUGUCUACGGUGUCUGAGGAAGAUGGGAUGUACGCCGUGGACUAUUCUAAGUUUGGGAACACCGUUAAAGUGGCGACGCCGAGCUGCAGCGCGCGCGCUCUGGAUGAGGCGGGAGGGAUGGAGAGCUUCAGACUAAAGGAGUCCAGCGGCGCGUCAGUGAGGAGGAGAAUCAGACAUCAAAACACCAAAGAACAGUGAAAGUACUCUUUCAUUAACCUCCUGAGACCCAACCAAAUGGUAUAUAUAUAUAUAUAUAAAAUUUUAAGUAACCUAUAACACACACACACACACACACACUAUUGCCAAAAGUAUUGGGAUACCCCCUUCUAAUGAACAGGUUUGACUACUUCAGUAAUUUCCAUGAAUACAAAUGUGACCAUGAACCACAAAACCAGUCGUAAGGGUCAAUUUUGUGAAAUUGAGAUGUAUACAUCUUCUGAAAGCUGAAUAAAUAAUCUUUCCAUUGAUGUAUAGUUCAUAGGACAAUAUUUAGCUGAGAUGCAAGCAUAUUAUGAAUUGUGUGCUUCUAAUCUUAUAGCAACAGUAUGGACACUACCAUUUUCUAUUCUAACAUGACAAUGCCUCUGUAUAUAAGACAAGGUUCAAAAAGGUUCAAAAUUCAUCUAAAAUGACUGUACCCAUAUAUACAAGUCGCUGGUGUUUGGUGAUGAGUUUUGGGCUCAAGGUCUGCAUUUAAAGUCACACCAGAGGUUUCUGCAGACCAGUCAAGUUCUUCCACACUGACUCAAUCAAUCAUUUCUUUUUAAACCUCACCUUAUACCUCAUACUCAUGGAAAUAACUAAAGUAAUCAAACUUGUUCAUUAGAAGGGGUGUCCCAAUACUUUUGGCAAUAUAG